UAAUUAAUGGCAUUAAAGUUAAUAUUAGUAAAUGUUAAUAUUUUAUAUACAGUUCUUUAAUUGAUAGAAAAGCAAUAUUAAGAAAUAAGAUUAUUAUCAUGUCAACAAGACUAGCUUCUUCAGGAUAUAAACAAAUGCGAUGGUUCUCAACAAAACAAAGAAUGGAAGUUAUAGAUACUGUGGACGAAUUACUUUCAAAUAAUAGACUUAAACAUAAACAACACCCAGGUAUAUUAAAACCUAGACAAGUAGAACAACCAAGCUGGCUUGCAAACACAGUUCGAAACAUUCUACGUGAUAAAACCAUUUCAUUACAAGGCAUAUCUGCAAGCGGUCAAAAAUUAGCAGCACAUCUACAUAAUCGACAGCCUCCACCAGAAAAGAAAGAUGUUCGUUUGAAAAUGAAAGAAGUUCAGUCAAGACUUAACCAAUAUGAAAUGCAAGAUUCAAAUAACAAUGAUAAAUUUGAAAAUUCAGAAGCUAAAAGGCUUCUUAAAACUCUUCUUUAUAAUUGGGCACCAAUUCAAUACGAUACCUACACAAGCUUAGCAUAUUUAGUUAAUAGAAGUAUGCCUGAAUAUUGUGUUUUGUAUAAAAUUUUCAACGAAAUUGUUAAUAAUGAUAAAAAUUUCAAGCCAAAGACAUUAUUUGAUUUUGGUUCGGGUACUGGAACAGUUAUGUGGGCAGCCUCAAAAUUCUGGGUUAAUUCUAUUAAGGAGUAUUAUUGUGUUGAUAUUUCUAAAGAUAUGCAUGAAUUAUCUGAAUACCUCAUAAAGAGAGCUAUACCACAAGUUAAACCAAUGCAUAUUUUCUAUCGACAAUUUUUUCCUGCGUCUCCAAUUCCAACUUACGAUAUUGUAGUGAGUGCGUACUCUUUAUUGGAAUUACCACAUCAAAUGUCUCGUCUUGAAAUAAUUUCAAAAUUAUGGCAUAAAACAGAACGAUAUUUGAUUAUUAUAGAACAAGGAACGAAUGUUGGAUUCAGACUAGUUAACGAAGCACGAGAAUUUAUACUGAAUUCUAAAAAAGCCCACGAUACUCAUGUAUUUUCACCUUGCCCUCACGAUACAGUGUGUCCUAGAUAUACGACAGAUGACACUCCUUGUAAUUUUGAAAUUACUUAUCUAACAUUACCUAUUGGUGGAAAUUCGAUGCAUAAACGUGAACGUUACUCGUAUGUGGUACUUAAAAAAGGUAACCGUCCCGAAAAUGAUUGUAAGUGGCCUCGAAUUGUCAGAGAAGUAUUAAAACGUUCUAGACAUGUUAUAUGCCGUAUGUGUACAUCUUCCGGAAAAUUAGAAGAACAAAUUUUUACCACAUGGAAAAAUGGAAAAAAUACAUAUCGUUGUGCAAGGAGUAGCGAAUGGGGUGAUCGUCUACCUUUUAAAAUCGUGGAAGUAGAGGAAAAUGAAAAAGUAGAGCAAGAAGAAGAAAUAGAAAAAGAGAAAGAACAUAUAUGAAAUAAUUUAUGUGUAAUUUAGUCACUGCACAAUAAAAAAUAUUUGAUUAUAUUUAUGUUUGUCUGUGUUCGCAAGGAGACACGUCUGCGGUGUGACUCGUCAACGAGAAUCAUAAAUUCUUGUCUCGAUUAGUAUCGACACUACGAAUAAGCCGAUUCCCUGCUUCGAUUACAAUUAUAGGACAAAAUCUGACACAGGGUUUUAAAGUUUAAAUAUAACUGUAUAUUUCACAGAGAACAGCUUCGGAGAUUGAAUGUGUGAACGAAUGUUCAGUCUAAACGGAACGGUACUGUUUUGGUACCGCGUGCCUUGUGCGGAAAGCUGAGUGUAAGGGAUAUAUGUGGAGAAGAUGAAAAUUUGAGAUGGACGAGCCUAGAACAUGGGACGAGCGGAUUAAUUAAAUAAAAAUUUCGGUGAAGAAGUAAGGGCAACGGCCAUCGUUGUUAAUUGGUUGGAAGAAUUUGUUGGAUAGAAAGAAAUGAGAACUGACCGCCCCAAACUGAAGUCCCUAAACAUAGAUACGGAGCGUACCCUCGAGUGACGCACGCGGAAAUCGCGCGUUUAAUCGCGACAUUUAAGUCUCAACAUUUAAUCACAAAUUUUAGGCAGAACAGGCAGAAUUAGUGGUAAUAAAGUCUAAUUUUCGGCACGGCAGUAACGACUUCUUGGGGAUUAUUGCUGGUCCGAGUGAAUAUGUUAAGGGAAACAUAGACGGAGAAAUAAGACUAGAGAAGAUACAUGGUAUCUUUAGAAGAUUAGAAACGGCUACUCUCGAACGGUUGUUGUGGCUGAAGAAAUGGCCGAGUGUUUAAUGACUGGAUCGUGAAAUCACGGGCACAAGCUCUAUAUUUGUACAAUGAAGAGGAGUACUUGUAAUAAAGAAUGACAGAUAUACGACAAAGAAAACAAAAAAUGAAACAUAAAUAUAUAAGAAAAAAGGCGGACAAAGCAAGUUAUACUAUAGUAACACGUUAAGAGUCAAAUAAUUGCAACGCUGAUCGCCUGAACUUAUAGUAAGAUCUAGAGAAGAUAUCGACUUCAAGUUCGAAGAUACUACGAUACUUGCAUAGUUCAGGAACUCUGAGAUCGUUGGGAAAAAGGAGUCAACUCGGAAGACCGCGGUAUAAAGAACAAGCAUUGGAAUUACUAAGUCGAAGUAACUGAAGGACUGUCGAUGUAAUUAUUAAUGAUUUUAAAUAAAAAGAAAACAAAAAUGCCAGCAACUUCCGCUUCUUCGGUGUGCUUCUAAAAAUCAAUUUUAUUAUUUACAGCUAGAUAUCGUUAAUAUGUAUAACUUUCAUUAAUAUUAAUAAAUUAUUCUACUCAUGA